UUCAGAUUAAUGCGUUAUUUUAUGACGCUACUUACUGGAGAUGUGCUGAUCGGCUGCCUGCUGAUAGCGAGAAAUCUUGAGCUAGAAUCCUGGAUGAAAGAAGACAGAAGCAAAAUAGAUGAUCUGUCUGUGAUCGAUGAGUUUAUAGCAAUGCCGGUUGCACCGGUUUUACAGUUAGGAGUGAUGGUGAUGGAUGCCCGGAGACAUCGCCGGUUUUCCUCACGAGAGUUUCUCUUGCUUUCCGAACUUGCAAAUACUGCAAGUUCUGCUUUGGACUUCUUAGUUGCCAAAUCCUCACCCCGUGUAAAAGCACGCUUUAAGUUUCAUCUGCUUUUUACCACCGGCUUAAUCUACGGCUUAAUCUCUCGCUUAAUCUCCGGCUUUCAGGGCAGUAAACUAGAACAAGAUCAUAACAGCCCCACCGAAGCGACUACCUUGAACACUGAGUUGGUUGAUCAACAGAAUUAUGAUAAAGCUGCUAAUUCAAUCUCUUCUACAACCAACUUUACUCAACGGGAAAUAGAGGAUCUUAUUGGCCCUGUUUCUUCUUUGAACACUGAGUUGGUUGAUCAACAGAAUCAUGGUAAUGUUGCUCUUUCAAUCUCUUCUACAUCGAAUUUUAGCCAUUGGGAAAUAUCGGACCCCCCUAUAGGGGAUGGUGGAUUUGCAUUUGUUCGUGUUGCCUAUAACAGAGUAACAGGAGACUUAUGUGCAGUAAAGACACUUAAAGACCCUGACAAUCUUGAGAAAGCAAGGUCUCUAAUUAAGGAAAUCAGGAUUCUCAGCCAACUAGACCAUCAAAACAUAGUAAAGUAUUAUGGCAGUGGAAGUGUUGGAAACCAGAUAUACGUAUUCAUGGAAUACGUGGAAACUGGUACACUGACGAAUUACAUUAGUGAACAAGGUCCUUUCCAUGAACGUUUAGUUCGAGAUACCUCUAUACAAAUUCUCUCUGCGUUGGCUUACUUACAUGGCAAAAGACUAGUCCACAGGGAUAUCAAGCCCGAUAACAUACUCGUUGAUUCCUACGGCUUUGUAAAGCUCAUUGACUUUGGUUUGGCUAAGCGUGUAGAUGAAUCUGUGGGCAAUCACUCGGGAACUUCACAUUAUGCAUCUCCAGAGACUAUUCUUAAGCAAGAAUAUAGCAGCUUGAGUGAAGCUUGUGCCGCUGAUAUAUGGAGCCUCGGCUGUGUAAUCAUUGAAAUGUUCACAGGGAAGCGUCCUUGGCCUGAUCUUAAUUGGUUCCAGGUGAACCGUGCAGUAUGUUUGAACAACCGAGAUCCUGAAAUACCCGAAGAUUUGUCGACGGAGGGCAAAGAGUUUCUCGAAUUAUGCUUCCAGAGAAAUCCAGCCAAGCGGCUAUCAGCUGCAGCAUUACUGCAACAUCCAUUCGUGUCUCACUGAAAGCACAAAUCUGCAUAAAGAGAAUCUUACAGAUGGAAGAAGAAAGAGAAAAGAGAAUUGUGAUGGUGGGUAGAUGGCUGCUGAUUUGCCAACUUUUACAGGGAAAUAACUUCAAAUAGAUCUCAACAUAUUUGGCUAGCACUUUUUUUUAAUUAUU